GGCGGCGGCGGCAGCGGCGGCGGCGGCCGGGACGAGGCGGCGGCGGCGGCGGAGGCGGCGGCGCGGGGCGCUCGGGCUGAUGGCGGCGGCGGCCGGCCCCGGGACGGCGCUGUCUCCGCGGCCGUGCGACAGUGACCCGGCCACCCCCGGAGCGCCGUCCCCGAAGGAUGAUACUGAAGAUAAUUCAAAUGAUGGGACCCAACCACCCAAAAGGAGGCGAACGGGCUCAGGAGACAGCUGCAGGAGCUGUGAGACUUCAAGUCAAGACCUUGGCUUUAGCUACUACCCAGCAGAAAAUCUGAUAGAGUACAAGUGGCCGCCCGACGAAACCGGAGAAUACUAUAUGCUUCAGGAGCAAGUCAGUGAAUAUCUGGGUGUGACCUCCUUCAAACGGAAAUAUCCAGAUUUAGAGCGACGAGAUUUGUCCCAUAAGGAGAAACUCUACCUGCGGGAGCUGAAUGUCAUCACGGAGACACAGUGUACUCUAGGUUUAACAGCAUUGCGCAGUGAUGAAGUGAUUGAUUUAAUGAUAAAAGAAUACCCAGCCAAACAUGCUGAGUACUCUGUUAUUUUGCAAGAAAAAGAGCGUCAGCGAAUUACAGACCAUUACAAAGAGUAUUCUCAAAUGCAACAACAGAACACUCAGAAAGUUGAAGCCAGCAAAGUGCCUGAGUACAUUAAGAAAGCUGCCAAAAAAGCAGCCGAAUUUAACAGCAACUUAAACCGGGAGCGCAUGGAAGAGCGAAGAGCUUACUUCGACCUGCAGACUCACGUCAUCCAGGUGCCUCAAGGGAAGUACAGAGUGUUGCCGACAGAGCGCACCAAGGUCAGCUCCUACCCGGUGGCCCUCAUCCCCGGACAGUUUCAGGAAUACUACAAAAGGUACUCCCCGGAUGAGCUGCGAUAUCUGCCACUCAACACCGCGCUCUACGAGCCCCCCCUGGACCCCGAGCUGCCGGCCCUCGACAGCGAUGGCGACUCGGACGAUGCUGAGGACGGUCGAGGCGAUGAGAAACGGAAACACAAAGGGACUUCGGACAGCUCCUCCGGCAACGUGUCCGAGGGGGAAGGCCUUCCCGAUGGCCAGGAGGAGCCUUUCCAGGGAAGACAGAGAUCCAAGGACAAAGCUGCUACUCCAAGAAAAGACGCUUCCAAACGUUCUGUUCUGUCCAAGUCAGUCCCUGGGUACAAGAUGAAGACUAUUGGGUCAUGUGCGCACAUCGGCCGGCCCGUCUCCUACUUGGCCCACGCGUACUCUUCUUUCUCUGCCUCCGUCACUUAUGUGUUCAAGUAGCGUGAAUGAACGUCAUCUCGCUGUGGUCAGAGCUGUGAAGUUUGUAUGUUCUCCCUCCCCAACGACUGUAGAUGCCCUGCAUCUUUUCUUCUUCGUCCUUUCCAGUGUGUUGCUCAGCGUUUUUUUAAAGCCCAAGUACUUUCAUCGGAUUGAGCAAGGCUUUAAGCUGCACAGUGAAUGGUACUCAAGGAUAUGAGGGUGUCUGUAAUUUUUUUUAAGUGUGUGGUUUUUUUUUUUUGUGUGGCUUGUCUGAAAACUUACUUUCCUCUUUUAUGUUUUGUAUCUCAUGUGGAAUGCUUUCUCCUUAAGCAUAGGCUCUUUUAUUAUUAGAUAUGCAAAGGAAAUAAUCAUAGCUUGGUUUCCAGAAACAUUUAUGCACAUGACAAUGUAUGGAUGAGACAUCUUUCAAUUAAAAAUGUUAAAACAUUGAUUCUUGUAACUUAGAUUUCAUAGAUUUCGGAAAAUAGUCCGUUUUUAAACAAGACCAGUAUGUAAGCUGCUUCACACAGAGCCUUCCGUUUUCCAGUAAGCCUGACUAUACACAUAAUGGUUGUUUGGUACCUGGAUUUCCUCUUCCCGUUAAUAGAGCAAUUUUUCAUUGUAGGCGUCCCUUCUAGUUCACGUAGGGAGUGUAGAAUGCUAUAUUUAAUCCUAAAACCAGAUCACGUUGUUGACAGAAUUUUUUAAAAGAAAUCUGAGGCUUUAGUCAGUAGGCCAUUGUAUGUUGAAAGCUGGCUCUCGAGUCAGGCCCUUCCGAAAGGACCUCGCUAGCAAGUUAGCCAAGAGUAAAGACAAGGCAGUAACAAUUCCUUAUGAACCCACAGUAAGUUCUUCUGGCAUGAAUUUAUAGCCCUCUUCUACCC